AAGCAGUUGUAGACUACGUUUCGAUAUUCCUUUCAGGAGCAAAGAUCAGGUGCUCCUCACACACAAUAUCAAACUUAGCUCUCUCUUUACUUUUAUUUUUUUUCCUUUUUUUUUGGUUUUUCUCUUGCUUUGCUCGCCGGUAAAUUCAUCAUAAAAAUGAGCGGCGAUCGACCGGGUUCCUUCGGUUUUCCGGUGAUAAAGAAAGGGAAGUUUUGAAUUGGGAUGAUGUAAGCAGAGUUCGCAUACUUUGAUUGAGAGUUAAAGAAGAAGAUAAAAGUGCUCUGUCUCCAAUUGAAGUAGAGGGAAACUGGAAAGAAAUGUCUUUUCAGAAUAAAAGUUUUUGGAUGGCAAAGGGUCCUGCGCAUAUAUCCGAUGGGGAUGCAGCAUUUGAUAAUCCGUCCCGAAUUGAACCUAAGAGGUCUCAUAAUUGGUUUGUUGAUGCUGAACCACAGCUGUUCCCCAGCAAGAAGCAAGCUAUACAAGCUCCAAACAACAAAUCAAGUUCUGGAAUAUCUAAUUUAAAUGUUUCCCCUUGGGAAAAUGUUUCCAGUUUUCAAUCAGUUCCAAGCCAAUUUAUUGACCGGCUGUUUGGCUCUGAUUCUGAAAGGCCUGUCAAUUUCACUGAAAGGAACAUAUCUCCUGUUGAAGUGGAUAACAUAAGACGAAAAGCAAUUGAAGACCAUUUUGGUGAAGAUGCCUCUGUUGGUUCGUCGAUAUCUCAUACCAUGGAAGAUCCUGAAACAUGUUUUAAUUAUGGUGGAAUUAGAAAAGUCAAGGUCAAUCAAGUUAAAGACUCUGCUAACAGUAUGCAUGCACCAAAGGAACAUAGUUUUAGUAGGGAAAAUAACAGUGACAUGACUACAAUUGAGGCCUAUGACAGGGAAAAUGAAAGUAGUUUCAUUUCAAUGGGGCAUAGCUAUGACAAGGAGUAUGACAAUGUUGCACUAAUGGGUCAUACCUACAACAGGGGUGAUACUCAUAUCAGAACAGCAACUCCUGCCUAUGGUAAGGGUGAUGAAAUUCCUAUAUCAAUGGGCGACACUUAUGGUAAGGAGGAUGCCAAUAUUCUUUCUUUUGGUGGCUUUCAUGAAGAACAUGAGAUUAUUCCUGUGGGGAGGCCUCUAAGUAGCUUUGAGCCAUCAUACACUCCAUCUUCCAAUCCAUCAUCGGAAGGAGCUUCAGAAAAACAGCUGGAUGCAUCAACUGCUGUUGUAGUUGCAAGUACUACUCGGACUCCUAAAUUAAGACCUGAAUCUGCUUCAAGGACUAAACCAGAGUUGAAAUCAUCAAAGAAAGAAGCUCCAAACAGCUUCCCUUCAAAUGUCAGAAGUUUGAUAUCGACCGGUAUGCUAGAUGGUGUACCUGUGAAGUACAUUUCCUUGUCACGGGAGGAGCUUCGUGGAGUCAUAAAAGGUUCUGGCUAUCUUUGCGGGUGUCAAUCAUGUAACUUUUCUAAGGUGCUGAAUGCUUAUGAGUUUGAGCGCCAUGCUGGUUGCAAAACAAAACAUCCGAACAAUCACAUUUACUUUGAGAAUGGAAAGACUAUUUAUCAGAUAGUACAAGAAUUGAGGAGCACUCCUGAGAGCUUGUUGUUUGAUACAAUUCAAACCGUGUUUGGUGCACCAAUUAAUCAGAAGUCCUUUCGCAUUUGGAAAGAAUCAUUUCAAGCAGCAACUCGUGAGCUUCAGCGUAUUUAUGGGAAGGAAGAACUAAACCUGUAAGACGAAUGUUCCAAACAGGUCUGGAACAUUCGUCUUUGUCAGAAUGUAAGAUAGAGAAACAAUCUCUUUCUUGAAUCAUGUGUAUAGAAAAAUGUGUUGAGUUUUUAGUAAAUUACCUACUCUGUAGGCAUAGGAUGGGCGACUGAUGCUUUCUGUUCAUAUUAAGGCUAAACUGAUUCAAAACAAUGUAUUGUAUGCAUUUGGUCAUUGAGAUGAGGUGUUUGGUAGACAAAGAAGUGUAAAUAAGAAUGCAAGGAGAGCUUAUAUGCUCAUGUUUUUAGGUAUUACAUGUAGGGCAUUACUCGACUCAACAUAUCAGCUUUUCCCCAAUGGUAGUUCUUCUUUCGGUGUUA